UUGUCUCACGAUGGGCUUCUACCACUGCCUAUCAAUCGCUUUGCUCGCUUCGACUGUGCGCCUCGCUACGGCAAACGGUAAGCUUACUUCCCCGCACGACCCAACAAGCACAGCAGCGUUAUCGGUGAACGAAAUUUUGUCGUUCGCAUGGACUCCGUUUCAGCACCUCCGUCGAUCAGGAGGUUCUCGUUCCCUCCGGAAAUCGCUCUGGGCGAAGAAGUGAUCGUCCUGUGCUCCGUCAAGACGGGAUCGCCGGCCGACUCCUACUCCAUCACCUGGCAGAAGGACGGUCGCGGCAUCGUGAAGACCGACCGCGUCUCGACGUCGUCACAAACCAAGGGCAGCGCCACGCUGCUCAUCGCCAGCCUGGAGCCGGAAGACGUGGGCAACUACACCUGCACGGCGAGCAACGCGUUCGGCAGCGACAGCUUCACGGCGCCGCUCGUCGUCAACGGCCCUCCGAGGCUCCUGGAGUUCGCAUUCCCCGCCGAAGUCGGUCUGGGCGACGAGAUCAUAGUCCCGUGCGUUGUCCGCAAAGCCACGGCAGGACCGUAUCGCAUCGCGUGGCACAAGGACGGCGUCUCCUUGGAAGGCAGCGGACGUGUGUCGGCGUCGUCCACUAGCUCCAAGACCAGCUCGACGCUGCGCAUUGCCGGCCUCCGACCCGAAGACGUGGGCAACUACACGUGCACCGCGAGCAACGCUUUCGGCAGCGACAGCUUCACGGCACCGCUCGUCGUUCACGACGCCCCGAAGAUAAAUGAAUUCAAAUUUCCCGCUAACCUCUCACCUGGAGACUCGGUGGCCGUUAUUUGUGUGAUCAAAAAGGGCAGCGCGGGCCCCUUCGAACUGUCGUGGCUGAAGGACGGCCUGCCCUUGGAGCCCACAGCGAGCCUUACGGUGACGUCAGCUAAGGGAGGUCCCGUCUCGACGCUCACUAUCGUGGACGUUUCGGCUCGGGACAGCGGCAACUACACGUGCGUGGCCCGGAAUUCUGCUGGGAGCGAUCGGUACUCCGCGCACCUCGCAGUCACAGAUUUGUCGGUCUUCCGCCCUCCGAAGCCCAACAGCCUCGGUUUCCCGCCGAACCUCGGCCUGGGCGACGAUGCCAUAGCGAGCUGCUUUGUGCCCAGAUCAAAUUGGCCGGGCGAAGGGCUUCGUAUCGUCUGGACUAGGAAGAACGGCGAGGACUUGUCGCUCAACCGUCGGAUGUCCCUCGUCAGGGCCUCAGAGAGUAGCGUCACCUUGGGCAUCAGAGACAUCCGUCCGGAGGACAUUGGCAACUACACCUGCGUCGUCACUUACGGGGAUACAGCGGAGAGCAUUACAGUGCCUCUUGUCGUGUCCGCGUCACCGAAGCUCAGGGAGUUUGCAUUCCCGCCGGAAUCCACGCUGGGCGAACAAAUACUCGUUAGCUGCGCGGUCAGAAGUGCGGCGACAGGCCCACAUCGCAUGACGUGGCUCAAGGACGGCAAGGCACUGGAGAAGAGCGAUCGCGUCUCCGUGUCAGCCCAGUUCAAAGGUACGGCGGCGAUCAUGAUUGCCGACCUGCGCCCCGAAGAUGUUGGCAACUACACCUGCGUGGCGAGCAACGCCUUCGGCAGCGACAGCUUCACGGCGGCGCUAGUCGUGCAAGAACCACCAAAGAUCAAGGAGUUUAGGUUUCCGGCUAACCUUUCUCCCGGUGACACGGUCGCCGUGAACUGCGUCGUGAAAAGGGGAAGCACGGGUCCCUUCGAACUGACCUGGCGCAAGGACGGCCUGCCCGUGCAGCCCACGGCGACCCUGACGGUGGCAUCGCACAAGGGGGGACCGCUGUCGGCGCUCAGCAUAGUCGACCUGGCGGCCGAAGACAGCGGAAACUACAGCUGCGUCGCUCGGAACGAGGCCGGAAGCGACGAAUUCUCCGCUUACCUCGCCGUGAAAGGCCCGCCCAAGAUACGGGAAUUCAAAUUUCCCGCCAACCUUUCCCCGGGAGACACGGCUCUCGUGGGAUGCGUGAUCGCUAAAGGAAGCACCGGCCCUUUCGAGCUCUCCUGGCUGAAAGACGGCCGUCCGCUGUCGUCGUCCGGUUCGCCGAGGACAGCGGUUGCACCGAACAAGGGCGGCCCGGCCUCUACGCUCACGAUCGUGGACGUCUCGGCCCAGGACAGCGGGAACUACACCUGCGCGGCCCGCAACGCGGCCGGGAGCGACAGCUUCUCCGCAUUCUUAGCCGUUACAGGUCCUCCGAGACUUUUGGAAUUCUCCUUCCCAGCCGAAGUCGGCCUGGGCGACGAGAUAAUUGUAUCCUGCGUCGUCCGCAAAGGCACGGCCGGACCGUACCGCCUUUCGUGGCACAAAGACGGCAGUGCUCUGAAGGACAGCGGCCGGGUGUCGGCGGCGUCCGCGCACUCCAAGAGCAGCGUCACGCUGCGCAUCGCCGGCCUCCGACCCGAGGACGUGGGCAACUACACUUGCGCGGCGAGCAACGCUUUCGGCAGCGACAGCUUCACGGCACCGCUCGUCGUCAAUGACGCUCCAAAGAUACAGGAAUUCAAAUUUCCCGCUAACCUUUCGCCCGGCGACACGGUCGUUGUCAGCUGCGUAAUAAGGAAGGGCAGCGCGGGCCCGUUCGAACUGCGGUGGCGGAAGGACGACCGUCCCUUGGAGCUCACGCCCAGCCUGACAGUGACGUCACCUGAGGGAGGUCGCCCCGUCUCGACGCUCACCAUCAUCGAUGUUUCGGCCGGGGACAGCGGCAACUACACGUGCGUGGCCCGGAAUGCGGCCGGGAGCGAUCGGUACUCGGCGCAUCUCGCAGUUACAGGCGCUCCCAAGCUGCAGAGCGCCGGCUUUCCAGCGGAAGUUUCUCUGGGCGAAGAGAUCGUUGGAACCUGCUCCGUGAAGAAAGGAUCCGCGGGACCGUACGCGUUGACGUGGCUGAAGGGCGGUGCACCGGUCGAGAGCUCCGACCACGUGACCGUGAGCGUCAAAAGUAGCAGCACCGCCCUGAGCAUCGACGGCGUCCGCGUGGAGGACGUCGGGAACUACACUUGCGAGGCUAGCAACGCCUUUGGGAGCGACGCCCUGACCUUGCCGCUCCUGGUAACAGCGCCUCCGAAGCUGAGGGAAUUCUCCUUUCCGCCCGAAGUGUCGCUGGGCGAAGAGAUCAUCGUCGUGUGCGUAGUCAAGAAGGGCUCGGCAGGCGCCUACCCCAUAACGUGGCACAGGGACGGAGAGGAAGUGAGGGAAAGCGACCGCGUCUCCAUCUCCGCGCAGUCCAAGAGCAGCGCCUCGCUUCGCAUCGCCAGCCUCCGAGCCGAGGACGUGGGCAACUACACCUGCACCGCGAGGAACGAGUUCAGCAGCGACAGCUUCACCGCACCACUCGUUGUCAACGUACCUGAUCGUUUCUGUGCAGCAGUGCCCAUUCUCAGGGAAUUUUCAUUUCCGCCGGAAGUCACACUGGGCGAGCACGUAUUGGUGAGCUGCUCGGUUAAGAAGGGCGACACUGGACUGCACCACAUGGCGUGGCUGAAGGACGGCAAAAAUAUGGAGAACAGCGAUCGAGUGUCGCUGUCCGCGCAGUUCAGCGGGAGCGUAACUCUGCGCAUUGCUAACCUGCGUCCCGAAGACGUCGGCAACUACACUUGCGUAGCGAGGAACUCCUUUGGCAGCGACAGCUUCACGGCGCCGCUCCUCGUACAAGGUAACAGUUUACGAAGCUCGAACAUUUCGACUGGUCCUACGUGCACGAAUCUUUCUCAGAUGCUGGCCAUUAAACGCUCGGCUCGUACUGAACUGAAGCGCACCAGUCGUUCAGUAUCCCAACUGACAAAUGCUGACAACUAA